UCCUAUGAGUGUUUACAGCCUCACCACCUACACACACACACACACCAUGCUUCUCCUCGCCUUCAAGAUGUCACUACUUUUGCUUCUUGCUUUACUACUACUCUCCCGUGCAAAUUCGAAGACGGUGAUGCAGCUCGAUAGAGAAGCAGAAGCCCUUCUUCGAUGGAAAUCCAACUUCGACGAUGUCUCCGGGGCUUCAGGCUGCCUCAAGUCAUGGAGCCAGCACAUCAGCCCGUGCAACUGGACUGGUGUUGACUGCAUCACCACGGUGCCUCAUGGCCGUGGCUGGAGUGGCGGCGAUGCUGUCCCAGUCCCAGUCGUGGGCAGCAUCUCUCUUCCCAUGUGCAACCUCUCUGGCCGGUUAGAUGGGCUCGACUUUGCGGCGUUGCCUCGUCUUGCUCAUCUGGACCUCAACGACAACAACCUCUCAGGGCCGAUCCCGCCGAGCAUCGGUACACUUGAUGAACUCAUUUUACUGGAUCUCUCAAGCAAUGCCCUCUCCGGACCGAUCCCACCCUCCAUAGGUAAUCUUACCAGCCUGACAUACCUUGAUCUCUCACAGAAUUAUCAGUUCCUGAACGGACACCUCCCUUCCACACUUGGCAUGCUACACAACUUGAACAAGCUUGAUCUGUGUCGUAAUAGCUUUACUGGCCCGAUACCUCCCAGUUUGGGAAAUUUGACCUCGUUGGAUUUCAUUGGCCUUAGCUUCAACAAUUUAUCGGGUAGCAUACCACAUGAGUUGGGGAUGCUCCAUAGGCUAUCGUUCCUGCAUCUGCUUGGGAAUAGAAUCACUGGCUCCAUUCCUGGAAGCUUUGGGAAUCUAACAAGGCUAGAAUUACUGGAUGUUUCAGACAAUCAUAUAGUUGGCUCCAUCCCUUCCACCUUCUGGAAUCUGAAAUCUCUAAAAAAGCUUGUACUAGCUUCCAACCGGAUUAAUGGGCUGCUGCCACAAGAAAUAGGGUUUCUAGUGAACCUCACUCAUCUAGAUCUAAGCAGCAAUCAGUUUACAGGACCAAUUCCACCUCAAAUAGGACAGUGCCGCCAUUUGUUGCAGUUGCGCAUAUCAGAUAAUUUAUUGACAGGACCAAUACCACAAGAUCUUGGGGGGUGUACUGGCCUGUACGAGCUGGAUUUCAGCAGGAAUAAUCUAAGUGGCACCAUCCCAAUCAUUCUUGCACAGCUUUACCAACUGCACAACCUGAAUCUGUCAUACAACAGUUUGGUUGGCAGAUUUGGGGGCACAUCUCUCCCUUCAGCCUUAGUUUCUCUUGACCACAAUAUUGAUAUCUGUGGUGACAAACGGUAUGGCUUAACACCAUGUGAAGCAUUGGAGCUCGAUGGAAGAAAUAAGGGGAAAAGACACAAUAAACGCCUUUUUUUGGCGCUACUUCUUGCUUUGGGUCUCUUUUGCUUCAUUGCUCUGGCAGUAGGAAGCUUGGCACUUUUUUGUUGGAGGAAAAAAUUUAAGAAAUGCAGGACCAAAAGCAAGCCCGGAGAUAUGUUCUCCAUAUGGAAUUUCAACGGGAAGAUUGCAUUCCAAGACAUACUCGAUGCAACAGAAAAUUUUGAUGAAAAAUAUUGCAUUGGUUCUGGAGGACACGGGUCUGUCUUCAGAGCUGAGGUUCGUGGAAGUGUCUUUGCAGUCAAGCUGCUCCACUCGAUGGAAGACUACACAGAUGAAGGAACAUUUCAUGCUGAGAUCGAUGUGCUAACCAAAACAAGGCAUCGAUGCAUAGUGAAGCUGUAUGGGUACUGCUCUCACUCCCAGUGCAGAUUUCUGGUGUACGAUCUCAUGGAAAGGGGAAGCUUAGCAUCCAUUCUUCACGAGGAACAACUUGCAAGGGAGCUUGACUGGCCCAAAAGAGUUUCCAUUGUGAGGGAUGUAGCUCAAGCUCUCUCUUACCUGCACCACGAUUGUGAUGAACCCAUCAUACAUCGUGACAUCAAAAGUAACAAUAUCUUAUUAGACCGUGAUUUUAAAGGAUAUGUCUCAGAUUUUGGCAUGGCAAGGAAGUUGAAGCAUAUUUACUCGAGUUCAAGUACUAUCUUUGCAGGGACAUGCGGCUACAUGGCACCAGAAUUAUCUUCUACAAUGGUGUUGACAGAGAAGUGUGAUGUAUAUAGCUUUGGUGUAGUUGUCAUGGAAGUGGUGAUGGGAAAGCACCCAGGAGAUCUUCUGCUUCCAUUCUUUUGCCAAACACAGCAGCAUACAAAGCUCAAGGAUAUCCUGGACCAGCGCAUUAUUGUAGAGCCAACAAGCAGUGAAGAAAAGGAUAUUAUUCUGCUCGUUCUUGUGGCCUUUGGGUGUUUGCAAAUCUGUCCAAAAGCUCGGCCAACGAUGGAGCAGGUGUGUCAAGCCCUCACAAACGGAAGUUGCCCAGCAGCCAUCCUGAAGCCACUUCACGAAGUUACGCUACAAGAUUUGCAUGAUUUCUGCAGCACCAUACAGAAUAUAUGAUGGCCCUAUAGUCUCAAGAGUCGGGAACAUUUUGGCUUGUGCAUUUGUGUACAUAUCUUAUUAUCUAAAGCUGCUUUUGAUAUUAUUUGGCCCUGUAAUCUCUUUUGUUUCUCCUUUUUUUUUAUCCUUUUUGUACAGUUUGAACCUGAUGUGUGUUCUUUUUCCUUCGUUUUAAUACAACUAUUAUUCAGUAGGGGGUCUGCCCCUCCUUUUCUUUAAA